AUCUCCGUAGUUAUGGCAACCACCCCGAAACACUUCCGUAUUUUCUUGGCGGGAGUUGCAAGUUGGCAGGAAGGAAGUUUGGCAUGGUCUGAGGUAUUUAUACAUAGCGCUAACGAUACAUGCUACAACAGAAGAGCUGGUAAACGAACGAUAGUUCUUCCAAGAAUGGAUCUUGAUGGGCCAGUUCACACUGACGACUGGAAGAACACUAAGAAUGCUGUUGGGAAUUUUCGUCGACUGCUACUUUGCUCCAAGUGCUCCAGUUUAAUGAUGGAGCCUGUGUGUCUAGGAGUGUGUGAGCAUAUGCUAUGCAGGGCUUGUGCUGGCCCCCGCGCAGGAGAUGGUUGUGUGGUGUGUCACAGCCCCGCAUGGGUGAAGGACAUCCAAAUCAACAGGCAGCUCAGCAGCAUCAUACAGGUCUUCUGUAGUUUGGAGUCCCUGCUGAAUCCCAUAGAACAACCAGAAUCCCCUGUAGCUGAGAUUCAAACACAACCUGAGAGGUCUGUCAUAAAACACAAGAAGAACUUCAAAAUUUGGUUUAGCCCCCGCAGCCGCAAGGUACGCUGCACACUGGAGAAGCCUUCAGCGGGCAUUGUAAAGGACAGCAGGUCUUCUGGAGAAACAGCUGCAACACAGCCAGACACCAUUACUGCACAACAGCAGGAUCUGUCACGUUUUAAUUUCACCUUGUCCUCCCAAGACUAUUGCUCUUCUUCUUCUCCUCAAAAAUGCAACAGUAGAAAGAGGAACAGGUCAGCUAAGAAAAAUGCUGGCAGCAGGAAGAUGUUGGUACAAGCUACCACUAGGACCACCCGAAAACAGACCAAGGAUAACAUUAAGAAGAGGAGGCUGGAGGCUAUAAAUCAGAAAUGGGGGAUCACAGAGGAGACAGAUGCCUUGACAGUAAAGGACCAUGCCUGUGCUGAAAGGGCAAGGAGAUCCAGUAAAAGGGUUUCCUUUCUAAGCCUUGCUGACACCUCUGACAAGCCUGAACCUGACGUACCACAAGGCAGUACUAACGAACUCAGCCCUGGCAGGACCACCAUAAGGGAGAGCUUCUCAAUAGGCAGCACCACUGAAGUGAAUUACCAAGCCUUGCCUGGUCAAAAUAUGUCAGUCAGUGUUAUCCAGGAAAACACACUUUUUGCAAAUAAUAUAACUGAAGAUCCUGAAAAGCAGGUUGCUGUCUCUCCCCAAAAUCAUUUCUCACAAAGAUCCAUGGUGGGUGAGAAAGUCAGCACUUUAGAGAACACACCAAAGAGGCCCAGGGCUUCUCCUGGACAGAGAAGAAAAUCACUUGGUCAGAUGUCUCCAGUUGUCCCCAACCCUCUGUCUUUGACUAGUCCCAGGUUUGAUAAGAGCAUCAAAAGCUCCAGAGAAGAGCCAGGAGACAGCACCUGUGUCCUCGCCACUGUUGGUGGAAAAUCUCCCUGUACUCGUGGUGCCUGUGUUGGACGGUCCAGUCCAGGAAGUCCCGCAGUUAUGAAGAGGAACCACAAGGGAGAGACCCUGCUGCAUCUUGCUGCUAUAAAGGGAGAUGUAGAGGCUGUCAAGGAGCUGCUGGACCAGGGGGCUGACCCUAACCUCAAGGAUAAUGCUGGGUGGACACCUCUGCAUGAAGCAUGUAACCUGGGUCACCUUAUGGUUGUGGAGGUGUUGGUCACAAGGGGAGCCCUUCUGAACACACCUGGCUAUGAAAACGAUUCUCCACUUCAUGACGCCGUCAGGAAUGGACAUUCCGCCAUUGUGAAACUGCUGCUGCAGCUGGGAGCCUCACCAGAUGUUCUUAAUCAGUAUGGAAAGCGGCCUGCAGAUUACGCAGUGAAUCUGGAGAUGCUGCAAAUUUUCCAGGAAGCUUCAAAAGGAAACCAUAGUGCUAAUACAUCUUUUAGCCCCUCAGCUGGUCUCUCAGUGGUGAGCAACUGUGUGAGGAGGGUUGAAAUGGUGGUGCUUCUGGCAAGCAAGUUGUCUCAUCCACAACAGCUACAGUUGGUCAAACUGGGCCAGCUACUCAGAGGGAGGAUGGCUGACAACUUUUCUGGAUCAGUGAGCCAUGUCGUGGUGCCAGAAGGACACAUGCCCACCACCUACUCUACCCUCAUGGGUCUUCUUGCUGGCUGCUGGGUUGUCAGAUACAGCUGGGUGGAAGCAUGUCUGCAGGCAGGCAAAUGGAUGCCUGAAUCUGAACACGAAGCAGGAGAAGGCCCCUUGCGUAGUCGCAUCAACAGAUGUAGCUUGCUCCCGCCGCUCUUCGAUGGCUGUUUCUUUUUCCUCCUGGGCUCUUUUAAGGCACCUAGCAAAGAUAAGCUCAACAAGCUGCUCCGGGAGGGAGGAGGUCAACUUCUGAGUCGACAGCCCAAGCCUGACAGCGAUGUGACACAAACCCUGAGUGCUGCUGCCUACCACGCCCUGCCAGGCUCUGACCAGGCCCUCUGCACCCAGUAUAUCAUCUUUGACCCCCAGGGCCCUCACAAGCCAACAGUGGUUAGACGAGGCAAGGUUUGGUCAGCUCCCUCCACCUGGCUCAUCGACUGCAUCACAGCUUUCCAGCUCCUCCCUGUGCCAGAUCCUCAAUCAUUGGUCUAAAUGAUUUUCACAUAUUUAGCCAUUUUGCAUUGAAAUAUCACUUAUCCUUCAGAAUGAUCAUGUUUUUUAUGUAUAUGUGGUGAUUAGGUUUAAAUGGAUCAUUCAUACUAUGACAAAAUGAUAAUGUAGCUCAAGUCCUCGUGUACUUAAAAUCUAAAAUUAAAGUGGUAAUUUGCACAGUUUGUUGUUUCUGAGUGUGAGA